UUUUAUUGCACACCAAACACAAAACAAUGUUUUGUUUGUUUUCCUUGGAAAUUGCAACAACACUGUCACUUCAAAUCUUCUUUACAAGCUGAUGGGUAUGUUGUAGUAAUCUGACUAUCGGCAAUGGCAACGAUUUUCUCUGCCAAAUUUGGAUUUCAUCAACCUACUCAACUUCAACUUCCAGACCCAACUUCAUUUAACAAAACUAGAUGUUCUACAGCGACCUUACCAGUUCCAACUACCCAAAACGUCGAUGGAGUCUAUGGAAGCAAAAUUACAGAGUCAAGUGCUAGUUAUGAAACUCGCCAACAGACUCAAACCCAAGCUUUGGUUGAUCUCCUACAUCAAUGUGCAGAGAAAAGGGCUGCCCGUGAAGUGUUCGAUAAAAUGUCUCGGAGAAACGUUUUCUCUUGGACUGUUGUGAUUGUGGGUUCAACUGAGCAUGGGUUAUAUAAUGAUGGGUUGAAGUACUUUUGUGAGAUGCAGGAUUGUGGAAUAUGGCCCGAUGGAUUUACUUACUCUGCUAUUCUUCAAUUAUGCAUUGGUCUAGAUUGUGUGGAUUUGGGUAGAAUGGUGCAUGCCCAUAUUGUUAUACGAGGCUUUGCACAGCAUGUUUUUGUUAGUACAUCUCUCCUUAACAUGUACAUGAAAUUGGGGAAUGUUGAGGAUUCAUGUCGGUUAUUCAACACCACAACAGAACAUAAUGAAGUUUCUUGGAAUGCAAUAAUAUCAGGAUUUACAUCAAAUGGUCAUCACGUUGAAGCAUUCGAUUAUUUUCUUGCAAUGAAGAGGGAAGGAUUCACUCCAAAUACGUACUCCUUUAUUGCUGUUCUGAAGGCAGUUGGGAAUUUAGGUGAUGCUGAUAAAGGCAAAGAAGUUCACAAGUGUGUCUCCGAAUUGGGUAUGGAGUCUAAUGUUCUUGUUGGAACUGCCCUCGUUGAUAUGUACUCAAAUUGUGGGGCUUUAUCUGGUGCAAGAUCUGUUUUCGAUAUGAACUUUACCAAUUGCGAAGUGAACAUGCCAUGGAAUGCAAUGAUUUCAGGCUAUUCACGAUGUGGGUGUAGUCAAGAAGCUUUGGAAUUGUAUGUUAAAAUGUGUGAAAACAAUGUAAAAUCUGAUGUUUACACUUAUUGUAGUGUGUUUAAUACAAUUGCAGAUUUAAAGUGUUUAAAGUUUGGGAGGGAAGUUCAUGGGAAGAUUUUGAAGUCAGGGAAUGAUUUGAUGUUCUUAAGUAUUAACAAUGCAAUUGCAGAUGCAUAUGCCAAAUGUGAGUCCCUUGAAGAUGUAAGGAAGGUUUUUGACAGAAUGGAAGACAGAGAUGUAGUGUCUUGGACCACCAUAUUGACUGCUUACUCUAAUUGUUUAGAAUGGGAGGAAGCACUGGCCGUCUUCUCUAGGAUGAAGAAAGAAGGCUUUACACCCAAUCAGUUUACCUUUUCUAGUGUGUUUGUCGCUUGUGCUGCCCUUAGUUUUCUUGAAUUUGGUCGGCAAGUCCAUGGCCUUCUGUUCAAGGCUGGUUUGGACACUGACAAGUGUGUAGAAAGUGCAUUGAUUGAUAUGUAUGCUAAGUGUGGCAACAUAACAGAGGCAGAGAAUGUAUUCAGUAGCAUUUCUAACCCUGAUAUGGUUUCUUGGACUGCUAUUAUAUCAGGUUAUGCCCAACAUGGUUAUGUGGGUCAUGCCCUUCAUCUUUUCAAAGGGAUGGAACAGUUUGGUAUUAAACCUAAUGCUGUUUCAUUGUUGUGUGUUCUGUUUGCGUGUAGCCAUGGUGGCUUGGUAGAAGAAGGCCUUUACUAUUUCCGAUUGAUGGAGGAAACGUAUGGUGUGGUUCCCAAGAUGGAGCAUUAUGCUUGUAUUGUUGACCUCUUAGGUCGUGCAGGCUGCCUAAAUGAGGCCUUGGAAUUUAUACAAAAAAUGCCAAUUGAACCAAAUGAUAUGAUUUGGCAGACAUUGUUAGGAGUGUGCAGGGUCCACAACAAUGUUGAGCUGGGAGAGAUUGCUGCCAAGAAGAUCCUUUCCAUUCGACCAGAUUAUUCAGCUACGUAUGUUCUUUUAUCCAACACAUACAUGGAGGUGGGAAGUUUUAGGGAUGGAAUUAGUAUGAGAAAACUAAUGAAAGAGCGAGGUGUGAAGAAGGAACCUGGGUGCAGUUGGAUAUCUGUGAACAGUAAAGUCCAUAAGUUUUAUGCGGGAGAGGAUUUAACGGACGAUGUAAUCGGUGGUUUUGAAGCAUAG